CGCCUCCGCAGCAGGGAUGGAGGUGAUGGACAGCUGCAAGUUCUCCCCGUCCGAGCUCUUCUACGACAGCUCCUGCCUCUCCUCCCCGGAGGGCGAGUUCCCCGAGGAUUUUGAGCCCAGGGAUCUGCCUCCUUUCAGCACCCACGGGCCCCCCGAGCCCGCCUGCUCCGAGGAAGAGGAGCAUGUCCGAGCCCCCACUGGCCACCACCAAGCUGGUCACUGCCUCAUGUGGGCUUGCAAAGCCUGCAAAAGAAAAUCCACCACAAUGGACCGGCGGAAGGCAGCCACCAUGAGGGAGAGGAGGAGGCUGAAGAAAGUGAACCAGGCUUUUGAGACCCUGAAGAGAUGCACCACUGCCAACCCCAACCAAAGGCUCCCCAAAGUAGAGAUCCUGAGAAACGCCAUCAGAUACAUUGAGAGCCUCCAGGAGCUCUUGAGGGAACAGGUAGAAAACUACUAUCACCUGCCGGGACAGAGUUGCUCCGAACCGACCAGCCCCACUUCCAGCUGCUCCGAUGGGAUGGCCGACUGUGGCAGCCCCGUUUGGUCGGCGGGAGGCAGCAGCUUCGACGCCGUCUACUGCGCCGAGAUGGCCCACGGGUACGCCGCCGAUCAGAGCAGCGCCCUGUCCAGCCUGGACUGCCUCUCUAGCAUCGUGGACCGUCUCUCCCCGGCGGAGGAACCAGGGCUGUCUCUCCGUGACGCCGACUCCCUCUCGCCCAGCGCCAGCAUCGACUCGGGGCCGGAGACGCCCGGGACGCCGCUGCCCCGACGGACCUACCAGGCGCUAUGAGGGGCCGGAGGGCUGGCACCCCCCGCGCCCGG